AUGAGUGACGCCACCCCCCUCGAGGAGGUUCCAAAGCCCUCAUCAUCCAAUUGCCAGCCAAAAAGCCAUGAUGAUACGCUGCCUACCCACUCUGUGACACCAUGCAACGAAACCGGCGAGCCACUUCCGAUAGCAACACAACAGCCUUCAGCAGAGACAUUCAGCAUUUCCGCUCAAUCUAUCAAAUCAUUAUCUACAGGAGACUCGGACGCAACUGGACAAACCUUCGAAGAUUCCCGUGCCCAAAUUGUCGAUCUGAGUUCGUCCAAAGAAUCGCCUAGCCAAUGCAUACCCAAUUACACGCCCACUUCGACCACUCUAUCUGUCACUGAAUCCGCUCUCAAGGACGAGAUCGCGAACGGGCUCAUUCGGCGAUCAAUUGGCAUUCCUGAUUUGGAUCAUGAAGUUGAAAAGUCAAAUAUUACCACCAUCGCCGAAAAAGCAUCUUCUAAUCCUACUGCCGAACCUCUCUCGGAAAAAUCAAAGACCCUAGUCAAUUUCCGGAUCCCAUCCCCAAGGCAAUUCCGAAAUCAGGUGUUCAAUGCCUACCAAAGACUUUUCUCUCUGGUAUUCAUCGUUAACAUCAUCGCCUUCGUCUGGGUCCUAACGAAGCAUCGGAACUCACACCCAUUCGGUCCAUCUCUAGAUCAUGUUGCGACCGCGACUGCUGCUAAUAUCACGGGCGCAAUCCUUAUGCGACAAGAGUAUGUUGUCAAUGCUCUCUACACUAUCUUUUGCUGGACCCCACAUUCCUUUCCUUUGCGUGUCCGUCGAGCGAUAGCCAAAGUAUAUCAUUUUGGAGGUGUCCAUAGCGGAGCCGCUGUUUCAGCAACAGUGUGGUAUCUACUAUUCACUGUCUUGCUGACGAAACAGUAUAUCGAAGGAAGUUUCGAAAGCAUACCAAUCCUCACAAUUACAUACGUCUUGAUUGCAUUGCUCUUGCUGAUAUGCAUCCUGGCUUACCCCCGGCUCAGGUUCAGGAGUCAUGACACUUUUGAGAACGUUCACCGCUUAGGCGGAUGGCUAGCUGUCGGACUCUUCUGGACUGAGACUAUACUCAUUGCAUUCAAGCAAUCUAACAAUCCUGACUCACAGUCAGCUGGUCAUGUCCUGAUCCAAACACCCGCUUUCUGGUUUCUCAUUGUCAUUACGCUGAGUAUUGCUCUCCCUUGGCUUCGACUGCGUAAAGUGCAAUGCUGGACCGAGAUUUUGUCUCCAACCGCAGCGCGACUGCACUUCAACUAUUCUGUCGUUGGAGUUGUCGUCGGCAUUAGGAUCGCCAACCACCCUUUGAAGGAGUGGCAUCCGUUUGCAACAAUCCCCGAGAAAGACGGCUCCUCAUUCCAUAUUGUGCUCACUGCGGUUGGUGACUGGACGCACAAGCAGAUCAAUGAGCCUGUCUAUUCAUAUUGGGUCCGAGGUAUCCCGCUAAUUGGUGUGCUCCGUAUGGCUGUGAUAUUCAAGCGAGUGGUUAUUGUGACCACUGGCUCGGGUAUUGGACCGGUUUUGUCGCUCUUGGUCAACCAUACAAUGCCAUGCCGCAUCAUCUGGUCAGCACAACGUCCAGCUGAAGUAUGGGGUCAAAGUACCAUCGACGCUGUGAGAAGAGCUGACCCUGAGGCCCUAAUAGUUGGCAAAAUCAACGGCAAGAGGCCUGAUCUAAAAGGUCUAGCCGGACAGCUAUACAAGCAAUCAAACGCGGAGGCAGUGUUCGUCAUUUCUAAUAUACAAAGUACGUACGAGAUUGUUGACUACUUGAAUAAUUCGUCAAUCCCGGCCUACGGCCCAAUCUGGGACUCUUGA